AUGGCCAUUGACCGCAUGAAACGCCUUCCGGCUGACGAUCCACGAAAUUUCAUGCAUCAAGCUAAUAUUCAUUGUGCUUAUUGCAAUGGUGCUUAUGAUCAACCUGGUCAGGGAACGUUGGACCUUCAAGUACACAACUCCUGGCUUUUCUUUCCUUUCCACAGGUGGUACCUGUAUUUCUAUGAAAGAAUCUUGGGCAAACUGAUUGGUGACCCAACUUUUGCUCUACCAUUCUGGAACUGGGAUAAUCCUAAAGGCAUGACAAUGCCACCCAUGUUUGUGGAUUCUAAAUCAGCUUUGUAUGAUGAGAAGCGUAACCAAUCCAAUUUGCCCCCUGCUGUCAUCGACCUAGGCAUGACUGGAAAUACGGACCCUCUGCAGGUGGUGACCAACAACCUUACAAUAAUGUACUCUGAAAUGAUUCGUGGAAACAAGACUGCUGAGGACUUCAUGGGCAAACCUUACAGAGAAGGAACUGAGCCCAAUCCAGGCCCCGGUUCAUCUGAGCGUGGUUCACACACUGCCGUGCAUGUCUGGGUAGGAGACCCAAGACAACCCAGUUCAGAGAAUUUGGGUAACUUCUACUCUGCUGGGAGAGACCCACUUUUCUAUUGUCAUCACGCAAAUGUUGAUCGAAUGUGGACAUUAUGGCAAUACUUUUUGCCAAGCAAUAAAGUACCAGACAAGAAAAUCACAGACCCAGAUUUCUUAAACGCUGAAUUAUUGUUCUACGACGAAAAUUCAAAGCUACUUGUACGCGUGACAGUGAAGGACUCCUUGGACAAUCUGAGAAUGGGAUAUGAUUUUGAAAGAGUUGAUCUUCCAUGGCUGGAUUACAGGCCACCCCCGCAGACUGCAAGAGCCAGAUUGAUUAAAACUACUUCUGAUGCACCAUUGGCAAGCACCGUAUUCCCUGUCGUCUUGGACAAAAUUAUCCGAGUUCAGGUUCCUAAAGCGAAGAAGGGUAAAGCUGAUGAACUGCUGGUGCUUGAAAACAUUGAAGUUGACACUACAAAAUUCCUUAAGGUUGAUGUGUUUGUGAAUGAUGAAGAUGAUAACGUCAAUGAAUUGGACAAGGCGUCUUAUGCAGGAACCUAUGCGCAAGUGCCGCAUAAAACUACUAAGAAGUCGAACAAGACUUCUAUCAGGUUGAAACUCACCGAUCUUUACGAUGACAUGGAUAUUGAUGACGAUGACACAAUUCUGGUGACAUUGGUGCCAAGACAUCAAGGGGGUGGUAUUACCAUUGGUGGUAUCAAGAUCAUUGAAGCUCCUGCAACAACAUCGAGCUGA